AUGUCCUCAGAGGUGAAACCCCUGCGGGGGCGGCCGCCCCCAAACUUCCGCAUCCUGAUGCUGGUCUUCAUGAUGAUGGCGUCCGGCGUGCUGGCCUUCGUCGCCCUCAUCAUCCUGCGGGGCACCCAGGCCGAGAAUGCCGACCUCGCAGCGCGCCUGCACCGCACAGGCAAGCGCCUCCGAUGGGCACAGCCGCGCGGGGAGAAGGGUAAGGAGACCCUGGCUGCGGCCAUCAAGGUGGCGUCUGGCCAUCUCAAGGAGGCAACUGCGAAGGCGGACGCCCUGAAGGCAGACAAGGAAAAGGUGGAGGCUGAGCUGACGCAGGCACAUGAGGAUAUAGCCACGCUUCAGCAGGAGCAGCGGGGCCUCAAGCACGAGGCGGAGCAGGCCAGGCAGCAGGGCAAGCAGUGUUCGGACGAGAGCCGGCGCUAUGCUGCCCAGCUGGCAGAGGCUCAGGCGCAGGUGGACCUGGCCCAGAGCCAGGUGAGGGAGCUGCAGAAAAAGCUGAGGGACGCCCAGGACCAGGCGGUGGCCGACCGGGCAGCUUCCCAGCAGCAGGUGGCCGCCGCGCAGCAGCAGGCUGCCGACCACAAACAGGCGGCGGCCAGCCUGGUGCAGCAGCAGCAGCAGGCCCAGGCCGACAUGGCCGCCGCCGCGCAGCAGGCAGCCCGGGCCACGGGGGCGGGCGCGGGCGCGGCGCUGGGCGCCGGCGCCGGCGCGGGCACCGUGCUCGGCUCUGGUGCCCAGGCCGGCGGGGCGCAGGCUGCUGGCGCGGGCGCCGGCGAAGCGGGCGGGCUGGACGGCACGCUGGGCGCCGCCGUGGCUGCCGCCACAGAAGGCCGCGGCAUGGGCGGUGGUGGCGGCGGCUCCAGCCAGCACGCCAUGGUGGCCGGGGUGCAUGCCGCGCAGCAGCACCACGACGCCAAGCAGACUGCGCAGCAGCAGGCGGCCGACGCUCUGGCCAACCAGCAGGCCAUCUUUGGGCUCAACGCCGGCUCCGACAACAGCGCCAGCGGCGGCGGCGGCAGCACGGGUGCAGGCGCCGGCGCCGGCUCCGGUGCGGACCUGGGUGGCAGCGGGGUGGAGGAUGUGACGGAGGCGGUGAGGGGUCAUGCCCUGGGCAAAGGCAAGCACUUUGCGCACGGCGGCGGCGGGGCAGGCGCCCACACCGCCACCACCACAGGCGGCCACGGCGGCGGUGGAGACGCGCUGGCCGGCGCCGGAGCUGGCGACGGCGGGGACCAUUUGUUCGAGCUGGACGGCAGCCGCCAUGGCAGCGAUGCGGCGGGCGGCACUCUGGGUGGUGGUGCCGGCGGCGCCGGCGACAGCAUGCAGGGCGCUGACGUGGACGACAACGUCGGUGCGCUGUUUGGGGGCGUGGACGGCAGCGCCGGCGGCGGCAGCCAGGAUGCAGGCGGCGCCGGCAGCGCUCAGGCUAACGCCGGCGCGCGCGAGGGCGCGGCCGCACAAGACGGGGGGCGCCAGCAGGGCGGCGGCGGCGCCGCAGCGGGCACAGCGCAGGUGGUGCGCAGUAAGACAGACGACCAGGGCUUCCCCCGCCUGGAGAUCCAGUGA